ACCAUCUCCGCAGAGGCUGAGUUGCUGGAGCCAGGCUGGGGACCCGGGGGAAAGGAAAAUCGACAGGCUCGGCCUGGCAUCCGUCUAUGGGGUCCGCCAACCCCCCAGCAGGAAGAUGGCAACCUGGACGUCAGGAGGCACCUCCUGAGGGGCAGCCUAUGAGGUGAGGGGCCGGAGGAGCGUGGGACAGGUGAAUGGGAAUCUUGGAGGCGGACGAUUCUCUUUUGCUCUCCGCGUAGCGGCGCAGGAGGAAGCCUGGGCGCUCGGAUGGCCAACGCCACGGGGAUGCACGCCACGGAAUGGGCCAGCUCGCUGAGCUUGGUGCUGGCGGUUCUCGUGGAGGUCGGGGCGCUGCUGGGCAACGGAGCCCUGCUGGCGGUGGUGCUGCGCACGCCGGGCCUGCAGGACGCGCUCUACCUGGCGCAUUUGUGCGUCGUGGACCUGCUGGCGGCCGCCUCCAUCGUGCCUCUGGGCCUGGUGGCCGCGCCUCCUCCCGGGCUGGGCCUCGUGCGCCUGGGCCCCGCGCCGUGCCGCGCCGCGCGCUUCCUGUCGGCGGCGCUGCUGCCGGCCUGCACGCUGGCGGUGGCGGCGCUCGGCCUGGCUCGGUACCGACUCAUCGUGCACCCGCUGCGGCCCGGCGCGCGCCCACCGCCCGCGCUGGUGCUCACGGCCGUGUGGGCGGCCGCCGCGCUCCUGGGCGCGCUCUCCUUGCUCGGGCCGCCGCCCGCACCGCCUCCGGCCCCGGCUCGCUGCUCCGUCCUGGCUGGAGGCCUCGGACCCUUCCGGCCGCUCUGGGCGCUGCUGGCCUUCGCGCUGCCCGCCCUGCUGCUGCUCGUGGCCUACGGCACCAUCUUCUUCGUGGCGCGCCGCGCCGCCCUGCGGCCCCCGCGCGGCAACCGGCUCCGCUCCGACUCGCUGGACAGUCGCCUCUCCAGGCUCCGCUCCGACUCGCUGGACAGUCGCCUCUCCUUUCUGACACCCCUCCGGCCUCCCCGUCUGCCCGGGGGCAAGGCGGCCCUGGCCCCGGCCCUGGCCAUUGGCCAGUUUGCAGCCUGCUGGUUGCCUUAUGGCUGUGCGUGCCUGGCGCCGGCGGCGCGCGCCGCAGCGGCCGAGGCGGCGGUCACCUGGGUCGCCUACACGGCCUUCGCCGUGCACCCCUUCCUCUACGGCCUCAUGCAGCGCCCCGUGCGCCUGGCGCUGGGCCGGCUCACCCGCCGGGUGCUGCCUCGGCCCCUUCGCGUUUGCCUGCCUCAGGCCUGGCACCCGCGCGAACUCCUGAAGCGCCUCCAGGGACCCUCCAAGGAUCCUGCCCUAGGCGCAGCCGACGCACCAGAACAGGCCCAAGGGUUGGCAGGAGGAUUGGGUGCACCAGAGGCCACCUGAGUUUCCUUCUGAGCUGGAUGGAGAAUGGAGGGGGAUGGGGGGCGGUACGAUCAGAGGAGGGCUCAUCCGUCCUCCUGCACAGAUGGCAGCAGGUGCCCUGCCUGGUGUUAGCUCUAGAUAGAACGAGAGAGGGGGUUUUCUAGUCUGGUGUAGCUCUGAGGUGUCUCAGGAUUGCCAGGUUCUGAGCCCAGCACUACCUGUAUGGCCUGGUAAUACACAAGCCUACUCUUCCAGAGGCCUCCGUUUCCCAUCUGUCCGCUGCACCAUCUCUUAAGAGGCUCUCCAGUGUAGGUUUUUUAAACUCACAGAUGGUCCCCAGCCCCGGGUGAAGGUGGCCUUGGCCACAGAGCAGAGAGGACCCUAAGGUCUCAAAGUCACAACGAUGAGCCCAGCAAGGCAGGACCCAGCCACAGCAGGAGGCGCCAGUGGGGAGGCUGCACAAAGCUACCGAAACUUCCAUCUUGCCCAGAAAACUACCGGACUGGUUUGUCUAGGAGCAGGAAACCAGACGACACAACCCCACAAUGAGCCCUGGACUUUCACCCCAGAACUGACAUGCAGAUGGGGCUGUAAUCGACCGGUGGGCUGGUCAGAGUCACAGAGUGGGGUACCUGGGGGCUUCGGCCGCUCUCAUUCUCUGGAAGUUUCUGCCACCCCAACAUAAGUAUAUUUCACA